CGUGACCCACGCUAACCGCCAUCUUUUCUUAUCGUAUAAACAGUACGACCGGGCGCAGCGCGAAUUCUCGCCGUGGAAUCGUGGAUUUCCCAGUGUUUUUGAGUGAUUCGCACGCGAAGACAUGUCAGACGCCAAGACAGAAGCGAAGAGCGACAACAACGUCGAGGAUGCGUCCAAGGUGAGCGGGCGGCAGGAGCAGUCGACGGAGGAGAAGCCGACUCCGAUGAAAAAUAAACGAAGCAGCAGCAAGAGGCUCUCCACUCUCGAGAGAACCGCUCAGGAGGGCGAGGCGAUCCUAAAGAACAUGAAUCAAUCCGUUGGCGAAGUAGAAGGUAGGAGACGCACUCGUAGCUCUCUAAGAGGCCUAACUCCGACAACACCAGUGCCAUCGCCACCCAAGAGGGAGAAGAGGGAGACGUCGACGAGAGGCGGCGGCGGCGGCGGUGGCGGUGGCGGCGGCGGCGGCGGCGGCGGCGGUGGUCGCGGACGCGGGCGCCCCAAGAGGCAAGAGAAAAACAAUGAGAACAACACAGACGAGGAAACGUCCAACAACAAAAGCGAAAAACACAUGGAGGAGGAGUCUACGAAGAUGGAGGUGAACGAGGAGAAGGAUGAGAAGGAAAGCAGCAAAGCGAUAGAGAACGAAGACAAAAGUGCGGAGGCCGCGGACAGCAACAAAGAUGAUGAUGAGAAAGUGUCCGAGGCCAACUCCAAGGACGAGAAGACGACGGAGGAAUCGGAGGACGUGGCGGACGAGGCCAAGAGCACCGCCGUGAGCGAAGAGAAGAAGCAGGAGGAAGUAAAGGACAGCUCGGACUCGAGUCAAGAUGCGAUCGACACAGCAGCGGAAGCACCACCUUUACCAUCAUCGGAGUCCCAAAAUCCCUCUAAUGCCGUUACUACCGAGGAAAACAAGGAAUAACCUCGUUUCGCCUGUUUGCUACUACUUUUAUGAGGUACCAACGGCGCACAUGUUGGGGUUCACAAAUCCAGUUCCCCCUCGUCUAUUUUAACUAAUUAACACCUUCUUGUCGAUCGCUGCUUUAACCAGCGGCAAUACCUUUUUCUUUUUUAUGUUACUCUCAGACGGUGAAUAGUUGUAAGGCGCUUUUACGACUUUCUUCGAAACGUCGUUAGAAACAUUUGAAAGAUGUAUUAAACAGACUAAGCUGCAUUGAUGUGAAUUAUCGCUAAUUUGCGAUUACGAUUCUUGGUCUCUUACUAUAACAGGUAUAUUGAAUUAUGUUAGAAAUGAAAUUGUGUGAAGCUUUCCCUUGCAAUAUACGUCAGAUUAGUUUUUAUGUAUAUCGCAAUCAAUAGUAUAUAUUUAUCUGUGUUAAUAUAAGUGCACACAAUUCACUCUAUACAUGUCCUAAAUUUCCAGCCAAAAUAGAUGUCAAUGCAGUUGGUCAAGAUUUACCUCAUGAUACUCUUAACAGAUAGUGAAAAAGAGUGUAGCAUGAAAAAGAGCAUUCUAUAUCUCUCACUUCUUGAGUCUUGACUCAAUGCAAAUACAAUUAGAGAACAGGAACUUCAAUUAAUUUUCCUUACCUACGCUACGAGGUAAGAUUAUCUUAUGUUACGUUAUGCGCGAGAUUAUAAUUCAGAAAAAAACAACCGUUAACACAGGUUAUUAGUUUAUGUAAGUAUUAGUUGAUUCGGAUCGUCAAUGCAACUUGGUGUUAAAAUUAGACGUGUCUCUUGAAGGAUUUCCAAACGCCUUUCGGAUUUUUGCACUAUUCGAAUAAUCAUUAUUUCUUCGUACUAUAUAUUUUCUUUCAGUUCAAAUGUCAAAUUUUAAUGAUUCUCUUUUCUAUCUGGGAAAAAUUUGAUAUAUUUUUGUUAAAUGAUAUUCGUUAUAUCGCACGUAUGUCAUAAUGCGCGUACGUGUUUUUAAUUUCGACUUUAUAUCUUUCGAAUUUUAUUUUAUGACGCUCGAAUAGAACGAUGCUUUCGUUUGCGCUGGUUAGUUAGCGAUAAGCAACGCGAGGUGUAGAGCAUACGUUGUUCAUGUACAAUGAUAAUAUUAUUGUAAAAUAUAUUUAAUAUGGACUUACAUAGAGAGAAAGUUAUUUUCAAAUCAGAGCUGACAUCCGGGUCUUGUAGUAAAAUACAUACGUGAUUCAGAUCUGAUGUGGAAAUAGCUGAAGAUUAAUUCGUACAUAGCAAAUUACUGUAAUACCUUUAUCGUAUAUAAAUAGUGACUGAAUGAAGCGGAAUAUAUGAGAAUUAUGGUGAACUGACACUUCUCUUUUUCAUGGAUUAAGCAGAAAUAAAAUUUCUGAGAAACGCGUCGCAGCGUUUAUCUGUUCCCGUUUUCCUCCCUCGUAUAAGUGUAAUAACUAAUUUUUACCAAUUUCACUUACAUCUCGUCGUUACUUUUGCCUGAAAAAUGACUAACAUUUUGUAGAUUAAAUCUUGUAAUCCGAAAAUACGACGAUUGUGAUAGAAUGUAUAAAUUAUAUAGUAUCGGAUGGAAAUUUCUCACUGUCACGCUGUGCUCGUGGUGAUCCGUCUUUUCUGACUUCGUUUUACAAAAUCUUUCAGCAUCUGUAUUUUUGUCAUCGUGUACCCUGUUUUUUAUUAGUCCAAUAUUAAAUAUGUUAAUAUUAUUGUGUAUCUGAACUUGUUGCGAGUGUACAGAUUAGAUUAUAUAUGAUUGACGCACCAUAUUUAGAGGACACACACACAUACACAUCCAACACACACAUAUACACUUGAUGAGACACCGAUAUAAUACUACGCGAGUUUGACACAGCAAUGUUUUAUUUGUGUAAAUGUGUGCAAUGAAGAGAUUCUCGUGAGAAUGCGGGCAUUUAACUUGAACGCGGGGAUCUUGCAAUGAAAAAAAUUAAGCAUGUAUGAACUACGCGAACUAUGCGAGAACCUGGAAACAAUUUCUUGAUUUCUAAAAAUACAAAAACAGAACAGGAAAAAUGGAUAAAAUUCGCUCUAUAUCGAUUCAUAACACGAGAAAAAAAAAGAUUAUAGCUGACUAAAGUAUUUCCUUGCAAGAGUUGUACUUUUAAAUGAACAUUUUAUAUCGAGACUCUGUACGUUCACGAAAGGAUGAUAGGAUUUACCAUUCCAUUUUCCGUUUUCCUUUGCGUUAUUAUUAUUAUGUCAACAAUAUUCGAGUAUUGUCCAGCUGAGAUUUUCGAUUGUAAAUAGUGAAGAUCAAGUGUAAUAUACGUGUACAUAGUUUAACAUUAAGCUUCGUGUAUCACACUGGACCUUUUCUUGAUUACCUUGCGAAAUCUCAGUCUUUAGAGUGCCUCUAGUGUUAUUAGCACUUCGUUGUAUAAUAAUACCAGCGUAGAAAUCCGCCGAUCGAAAUCAAAACGAGCCCUGUACUAGCGAGUUUACAUAACUAUAAUGCUUCUAAGAUGUAAACACGUAGAGAAUAUAUUAUAUUGUACUUGGGGAGAUUAUUGUGCGGUUCGAUAUUAGAAUUUCUAUUGCAAAUAUAUGCAGACCCUCGAGAAUAUUCAGUUUAACGAUUGAUCGUGUCGCGUAACACCCUUCUGAGCUACGACAUAAAUUUUUAUUAUUUACCAACCGAACGUUCCCGGUCGUGUCGGUUUAAAUUAGAGAUUCCGUUUCAGGACAGAGCCUGAGCAUCUCAUAUGAAUAUACUCCGCAAAUCGGAAUAAAUUUCCUUGUUACAUGCAAUGUUCGCGAAAACGUAAUCCUGUUGCAUAUUGUACCGAUCGAUCAUAUAUACAUUUUACCGAAUACACAUUAAUCUCUGUCUGUAUUGAGAUGUCUAACUCAUAAAGAUCCCUUUUAUAUUACCAGCCUGCAGUAGCCCCGAGUGUCUCUCAUGUUACUUUACUUAAACUGUACAACUAAAAUGACGAUACUAUGCAAGAAAUGUACAAGUCAAAUUUGUGAAUAACAUUUGUACGAACAGAAUAUGCGCUGUGGUUUUCCAAGCUUUAACGUAAGCAAGAACAUGUGAUGACCAAUGUUGUUAUCGUGUGUUACCUCAGAUCGUGCGGCUCUACCGUUAAGUGCAUAUUAAACUCUUGCCAUAAAUAGCAAAUUGAAGUUGAUCGAAACUUAAGCAAAUCUCUGCCUCCUGUCGUAGACAUCACGCGCGCAGAAUCAAGGGAGGAUACAGAGCGUUGUUUAAAUCGGGCAUAACUUUAAUUACGUUUAUGGGAAAGGACUAUAGAAAAGUAAGAGCGAGAGAAUGGAAUCGACGUGCAUCUAAGAGUUCGUAAUGCAAAGCAUUUGAAAUUUUAAUGUGUGCGAGGUGUAUAUCAGGAAACAUAAGGUUGGCUGGUAAGUUUCAGUGUCCCGUUUAGUCUUAAGCAUUAAGUCUACAAUAUAUAGAUUUUAGCAGAGUAAUUAUAUAAGAUGAAGUGAGUACGCGAUAGGCGCGCAUUUUUAACGAGCACUAUGGACGGUUAACGAAGGCUACACUUUAGUUUCGUCUUAUAUUAGAAAUAGGAUAAGAGUAUAAAAAAAAGAUAAGAUAAAAUGGUGAAUUUACCAUUGUAACGGCUGGUCAGUUUUGUACAAUUCAGCCUUUGGUUUGGACAAAAAAUUUCUUAAGCGAUCAUACGACAAAGUCCUCUUUCAUUAUACAUAUAUGCGAGACUAUCGUCUCUAUCCUAGAAUGUAAAUGUAUCAUAAAAGAGCGUAUAUAUAUAUAUAUAUAUACAUAUAUAUCUAUUCCUUCCUUUACUACACAAUCUCCAUUAUGAUACAGUACGCGUGGACGCGAGCACCACGGCGAUGAUCAUUCUGGAUUGACUUUUGUAAGAAAAAUCACAUCGUUUAAUAAAACUUAGAAAAUU